AAACCAACCCAUCACUAACUAUCAGAUAAACAGCGCUUGUAAACGGUGCUUGUUUAGUGUGGCUGUCGACAGUCUCAGUUCUCAGAAAUUUGCUCGCAUCUUACAGAGGAACUAGGUGUUAAAAUGUUUGGCCAGUAGCUCAGUCUGCACUUAUCAGCAAACAACCAGCAGCAUUAGUUGAUUUCUGAAGCACUGUAAACAGCACUGUGAAGCUUACUUUGCGAGACUUCAGUUCAGUUAUAAUGGCAGAGCAAAUGGCUACAACUCCUGAUUAUAACUAUGAUUACGGUAACGAUUCCACAAACAAGUCUAUACACAGUAACCAAGCAGAAAGUCCAGAACACUGCAAGGAUGCAGCAUGUGUGAUCACAGUGCUCUUUAAUGUGAUCUUAUUCGUUCUUGGCAUCUUUGGAAACGGCGCAGUGAUCUGGAUUACUGGUUUUAAAAUGAACAAGUCGGUGAACACCACCUGGUACCUGAGUCUGGCUCUGUCUGACUUCAUUUUCUGCGCUACUCUCUUUUUAACUGUUGACUACAUGGUGAAGAACAGCUGGACCUUUGGGCUCUUCAUGUGCAAAUUCAGCUCUUUUGCUAUGACCCUCAAUAUGUACAGCAGCAUUUUCAUCCUGGCCAUCAUUAGUAUGGAUCGCUGCAUCACCGUCAAGUUUCCCGUCUGGGCUCAGAAUCAGCGAACCGUACAGAAAGCUUAUGUAGUUGUUGUGCUAGUUUGGAUCAUGUCUUCUUUGCUUAGCAUUCCACCUGCCAAAUUCAGAGAGAUUUUAGAUAUAACUACAAGAGUCAUAUGCUAUAACAACUAUGAAAAUCACCAGAAAACCAUAGUGCUCUUGCGCUUUACUUUUGGGUUUUGUAUUCCAUUCAUGACCAUCUUCACCUGUUACUCCGUCCUGAUCAGUAAACUUAGAACAAACCAAAUUUCCAAAUCCACCAAGCCCUACAAGAUCAUGUCCAUACUGAUCGCAAGUUUUUUCAUCUGUUGGUUGCCAUAUCAAAUACUUUCGGUUUUAGAGUUGGGCCGAUCUGAGCACAGCGAUGCCUUUAAAACUGCCCAACAAGUAUCUGCCGCUCUCGCCAGUGCAAACAGCUGUUUGAACCCGUUCCUCUAUGCAUUCAUGGCCAAAGACUUAAAGAAGAAAUGCUAUUCCUUUCUUUCCAAGAUUGAGAGCGCCAUCGAUGAAGAGACCCGAACUGCUUUCAGAGCAACUUCAAUUACCAAUUCUGUGGAUCACAGAAAUUCCACUGCUAUCUGAAAUUUUAACAGGAGUCAUGGACUAAAAAGAGAAUCCUUGCCCAUAGAAACAACUUGGCAAGUAGUGCAAUUGUUUUGUCUGUCGCAUGUUUGAGUUUAAAAAUUGACAGGUCGACGUCAAAUAGAGGGUCAGUAUAAGCUUACGUUUUCUGUUUAAUAAUUUUGUAGAAUUCUAUGACAACUAUUAAUAUUUAGUGUUUUUAUCAUUUAAGCUAUUGGUUAACCUUUG